AUGGACGCAGUGGCAAAUCUUCCGCCAGAUGUGUUUCGCUCCGGUGACACUACUCCACGUUCAAAGUCUCGCUCCAGAUCUCCACUGCGGCCCGCUCCUGCGCAACAGCGUUUGCAGCCAGCGUCUUCUGCUCGAAGCUCUGCUGCUCGUGAAGAUGAUUUGGUAUUCCUCGACUAUCUGGACGAAGGGCCUAGUCCUAUGCGUGUGGAAGACAGUCCGCAUACAAAGAAACGCAAGAGUGCCUGGGUGGUUCCAAUACACACGUUCCGAAACACGAGAAAAAAAUAA